AUGAUCACAUCGCCCGCUGCUUCUGCUGUAAGUGAUAGUGAUACCGAUCUAGCUUGGGAAAGCAGCAACUCUCGGAAUAGCAGCUCCACGGUCGCCAACAAGCCGUUUCUCCACUCUGUUCCUCCAUCGGACCCCUUACGGCAAGCUAACCGACUGCCUAUCAAGGUUUUGAAAAUGCUAACGGCACGGACGGGACACAUUUUGCACCCGGAAUACCUUCAACCUUUACCAUCUACUCCGGUUAGUCCGAUUGAGCUAGAUGCCAAGAAGAGCCCGCUGGCGCUUCUUGCGCAGACAUGCUCCCAGAUUGGGAAACCGGACCCGCCGCCCUCCUCCAAACUCUCUUCGGUCACCUCAAAUGGAUCUACCGAGAAAGAGUCCAAGUCCGGUCCCUUAAAAUUGAGUGACAUCGGUGUGGAAGACAAAUCUAGCUUCAAACCGUACUCUAAACCUUCAGAUAAGAAGGAGUCGUCUUCGGGGGUGUCGGGCGGAGAGAAGUCUGGUUUCCGUGUGCCUAGCGCCACCUGCCAACCGUUCACUCCAAGGACUGGCAGCCCGAAUUCCAGCACUUCGGCUUCUCCCAUGCCAUCGGACGGCAAAUCUGGAGACAGAGAGGAGAAGAAAGAUUCUGAUUGUAAUAAAAAUUGCUCAUCCGACGGAUCUGGCACUACUGGCGUCAGCCACAGCAGGAUUAGUGUAAAUUGUGCUGGAAUUAAUGUGGACGUCAGUCAACACCAGGAGACAACUGCAGGAUCAAAACCCACAACAUCGGAAUCUUCAUCUGUAACCUCUGCUUCCUCGGCGUCUGUUCUGGGCUCGGGACUCGUAGCCCCCGUAUCUCCUUAUAAACCUGGGCAGACUGUUUUUCCCCUGCCGCCUGCUGGUAUGACAUAUCCUGGAAGUUUAGCUGGGGCCUACGCGGGCUAUCCACAACACUUCCUGCCGCACAGCGGGAGUCUGGUUAACGCGCAGCUUGCCAGUUCACUGGGCUGCAGCAAAGCGGGAUCGAGCCCUUUAGCCGGGGCCUCCCCGCCGUCAAUAAUGUCUGCCAGUCUUUGUAGAGACCCAUACUGCUUAAGUUACCACUGUGCCAGUCACUUAGCUGGCGCGGCCAGUGCCUCCUGUACGCACGACUCAGCAGCAGCAGCUGCUGCUUCAGCUUUGAAGUCCGGAUAUCCACUCAUGUACCCAACGCACCCGUUGCACGGCGUUCACUCCUCGCCGCCAUCUUUUGGUGGUCACCCUUUGUAUCCCUAUGGUUUCAUGCUUCCCAACGACCCCCUACCACACGUCUGUAAUUGGGUGUCUGCUAACGGACCUUGUGACAAGCGUUUCUCUUCCUCCGAAGAACUUCUAAACCACCUGCGGACGCACACUGCUUUCACUGGAGCAGACAAGUUGAUAUCGGGUUACCCUAGUUCAUCAUCGUUAGCCAGUGCUGCAGCUGCCGCUAUGGCUUGCCAUAUGCACAUGCCGCCCUCAGGAGCGCCUGGGAGUCCGGGGACAUUGGCACUUAGGAGCCCGCAUCACGCGUUAGGACUAAGCAGUCGCUAUCAUCCGUACUCUAAGAGCCCUUUGCCAACUCCUGGGGCACCGGUUCCAGUGCCUGCCGCUACUGGGCCAUAUUAUUCUCCAUAUGCACUGUACGGUCAAAGACUUACUACAGCCUCAGCGCUUGGAUACCAGUAA